GCAAAGCUGCAGGAGUGUGGCAGUUGGUGCAUCCUGUGAGCUGAGACAGAAGAAACUUUGUUUUAAGGUAACAUUGAGGAAUGCACUGACACAGGCGCGUCGGGCUGCAGCGCUACGCGGAGAAGACCGAAGGAUUAUACACAUUUUAAAACUGCUUCCUCACGCGUAAAAACCCUCAUCUGGUUUCUGGACUAUGACCGAAUUCUCCUUUCUGUGGAACCAGCACGUUUUAGGACAAGUUGGUGUGUUUAACUAGACUCGGGGAAUUUGAGGUUUUGGCAUUUUUCAUGCCAUUGUUGGAGGCUGCAGAGUGAAAACACUGUUCUGUGGACGAUUUUGAGACGCCCCUGUGUGUCGAAGCCAAAGAGGAUUUUGGAGCUGAAGACAUGAAACCGUUUGUCGUAUGCGCAUUUCUGCUGUUAAAAGUUACUCUUGGAAAUGCCUGUGCCAGCGGUAAGUUCACUGAAUCAGGGGAGUGUUGCAGUCUGUGCCCUCCUGGGUUUGAAGUGAAGGUAGAAUGUGGGAAAAAGGACACCACAUGUGCACCGUGCCCAGAGGGCAGAUUUUCCUCAUCCGAAGACCUUGGCUCUUGCCUUCCAUGUGCUAGGUGUCCACACAGUAUUCCCACUUUCUCUCCAUGCUCUGCCACUCAGAACACACAGUGUGAAUGUGACAACGGCUUCUUCUUUUUGAGCUCGUACAGCUUGUGCGCACCUUGCUCCACAUGCAAUCGCGGCGAGGGGGUUGUACGGCAGUGUGGCCCUAUGGGAGACACUGUGUGCGCCACCUGCGGCCCUGGAACCUUCUCGGAGGCGGUUCGUCCCACAGGUCCCUGUCAGCCUUGCGCUCGGUGCUCUGAAAAUGAGGUGGAGAUCCGUUCCUGCCUGCCCCUCUCUGACACAGUCUGCAUGGAGAAGAACCUGCACAUUAUCUCCGGUCGCCCCGAUCAAACCGAUGCUCCUCGGUGGCCUGGCGUAGAGGUGGUAACGGAGGACGGGAAGACCAGUCCUGCUCCUGGAACGACUGAUUUAACCACACAGGAAGAGAGCGGCAACAGCCACAUUCUUGUAUAUGUGUCUGUUCUGGCUGCUGUGGUGCUGGGCUUGCUUAUUUAUGUGGCUUAUAAAUGCUGGAGGUCAUGUAAACAGAAGAAGGCGCUCUCUAAGGCCCGUGCAGCAGAGUUGGGAACAUCUCCAGAAGGAGAGAAGCUUCAGAGCGACAGUGGUGUUUUUCUGGAUUCUUACAGCCUACAGGACAACCAGCCCAGCAAAGGUAACAUGAGAGACAAGCAGGACAGCCGUCUUUACACGAACCUACCUCCACAAAGACAGGAAGAGGUGGAGCGCCUCCUGCAAGAAGGAAGCGGCCGAGGCUGGAGGCACCUUGGCGCGGCGCUGGGUUAUGAGCCUGAACAGCUGGAUCUGUUCGAGCGGGGAGAGGCCCCGGCCCACACACUCCUCUCUAACUGGGCCCAGAAAGAAGGCUCCACUCUGGGACUGCUGUGCUCUGCACUGGCCCGCAUCGAGAGGCCCGACAUAGUAACAGCUCUUAACUGUCCCGUGCAGGGGGUGUCCGUGGUCUGACAACUUCUCGAUCCUACGUGUGAAAUUCAGAGACUCGGGUGAAAAACUCUGACAUGAUGAGAGGUACUCUGAUAUCACCACCUCUGCCACUGAUGGGUUUUUUAAUCUUUUUUUUUUUUUCACCUUCUGAACCUUUACUCCAGUUUAUGUCACCACUUGAUUGUACAUUGCUCUAACUGCAUGACUGAUUCUCCUGUUAAUGUGUCCUAUCAACACAUAAGCAGGACGCUAACGGUAUAAACUGUUGUAUAUCUCAUCACUGCAACUGAUGCUACCAGUGAGAGAACAACCUGAUCAUCUGGGAUGACGUGGAAAGAUCUCCUCUCACACAACAAUAAGAGCAUUUACAGUGUUGUUUAUACGCGCACACUACUACAUCUUGUAAAUAUUUAGCUAGUGGCAGGAAGCGAAAUAACAUGUUUACAUGUUGCAUGAGUUUUAUUAUUCAGAGACAUCAUAAAUUAGAUCCAUCCCCAUGUAAAAAAACCUCCAAAUAUAUAUUCAUAUAUAUAUAUAUAUAUAUGUAUCCCGCCCCACGCUGUUGUACAAAUGCACACAGGUUACGUCAUCAUGUUUUUAGCAUGGCUAGCCUUUUUGUUAUGACUCACAACUGAAGCAACCACUAUGGUACAGCUGAUUUUGGCAUGUUUUUUGCCUGUCCAGUAUGAUGUGGCUUUCCCUAAUGGGGAUCAUUUGUGUGCAGAUGGGGAGGGUUUAAUGGGUAUGUGGUCGGAUUUCUUCAGGAGAACGUCAAGGUCAUAUCUCUGUAAUUGUCCCCAUUAUUGCUUGUAGUUUAUAUUUUUUAUAAGAACACUUUUAUCUUGUAUGUAGAUAGGAACUGCUCACUAGAUUGUUUGUUAAAAGUUAUUACCUAUUCUGUUGGGUUUUUUUAAUCUUUUUUUUUUCCUGCUGCAGCCACAAAGUAGCUGUGGUCAUUUACACUGAGGAAAUAUCAAGCACCGUCAGAUCUAACCAGAGAACACGAGAAAAGAAGCAUUCUGCUAAACAACUUUCUUAGCGCUUUCUGAAAGUCAUCAUUUAAUUGUAAACGCUUUAAAUGUUAAGGGGUUGGCAAAGUCCUGGAUUAAAGUGGAAAUUUGUGAAGAUGCAGAUGGAAUUUUCCAUUUUACAAUGUAGAAAAAGUUCUCAACAUUAAUCCUUGUGUUCAGCUUGACACCUUGUUUUUGUAUUUAUUUUAACACCACUUCAAGUCUGAAAGUAAAUAAAACCUAUGAGAUA